AUGACUACGAAACGAAAAGUCGCAGACUGCGAUACAAGCGCAGCCAUUAUCAAAAAGAUCAAACGGCACGAUGAAGGUACGUCCAUGAAGAGUACUAAGAAAAGAAAAACUGAAGAUUUUGAUACCAGCGCAAACGUAAUAAAAAAGAUCAAAAGUCAUGAUCAAGAUCAAGGUGAUACUCAAAGCCAAGAGUGUGAUGCCCUGGCCGUGGACAGGUACGGACCUGAAUUACCUGAGUCUGCUAUCUACCAUAUUCUCCUACUCCUCCCCACCAAACUUGCUGUUCGGGCCAGCAUUCUUUCCAAGCAAUGGAGACGCGUGUGGUCUUUCUCCUCCCUCCCGGUCUUAAAUUUCGACGAGGAUCUGCAGCUGUUUGAAUGUGAGUACACACCCGACAGGAAAAAGUUCCUCCAGUUCCUUCACAGAUGUUUGAAGUGCCGUGAGAAUGAUGAACAAGACCUAAACAUAUUCAGGCUUCGAAUGAGGUACUCUGGAGGUGCCGAUAUCAUAAACAAGUGGUUGAAUUUUGCGGCUGAGAAAAACGUUAAAGAGUUAGAAAUCAUCCUCAAAAGAAAACGUGGUGACAGAAGCAUAUCCUACUGCUUACCGUGGGCUAUCCUCAAUGCACAAUUUUUAACCACUCUAAGUUUGGAGAAUGUGAGAAUAAAAUACAACAUUGGUUCUAUAAGCCUUCCUUCCGUGAAAACUAUGACCCUCAAAAAAAUGAAUUUGGGUUACAACACUGACAGGGGAUUUGUCCGGUUAUUUUCCGGGUGCUCUUCUCUCGAGUCUCUGUCAUUAAUUUUAUGUCCGUUAUUUCUUUGCAAAAUUUCGAGCUCAAGCCUCAAAUCCUUGCAAGUUAUUUGGUGUUCGAAAGUGGUGAGAUUCAAAGUUGAAGCUACAAAUCUCGAAUCAUAUAGAUUUUGUAGCGGUGAUUCAAGUACUGUGCACAUAGAUGGACACCUCGACAUUGCCUCUUGUCGAUCGCUUAGAAAUCUGGAGUUCUUUGAUACAAAUCUUUCAGGUGAAGGGUUUGAAGAUGACCUAAGUCUAAGGUUUCCCCUUCUUGAGAGUUUGACGUUAUACAAAUGCAGCAACUGGUCAUCGGAUACAAUUCAAGUCAGUAAUCCGCUUCUGAAACGCCUUGCAUUUUGUGGGCGCAAUGCCUGCGCUACAAACGUCAAAAUUAAUACUCCAAAUCUAGCUUUUUUUGCUUUUAGUACUGGAUAUUUGCCUCCUGAUCAAUUAAGUGCCUUUGUGUCCAAAUUUUCUCUGACUGCUCCCAACUUAUUGGAGGCUAACAUCAACUUCAACUUCACAGAGAGAGAUUUUUCUCCUCUCAGAAAGUUUCUUGAGAAGUGCUUCCCUCGUUUCAGCACAAACAGAACGUUAGAUUGCUCAAGGAAAAUGUGCCUGUCCCUUAACGAAGCUGAGGCUCUUAUUUUUCCAGAAGAAACGAGAAAGACAUGUCUUCCGCCAUUACCAAUUCUCGACGAUCUUGAGGUAGCAGUAGAUUCUUCAACGGAGGUGAGCGAUGAUGUCUUGAGGGAUUCCUUGCAAUGGAUGGCACCAAAUCUUCAGAGUCUAUAUGUCAAUGAAACAAAAAUCUUUUCUUCGCUAUAA